GAUCAGCUGACUGUGAGGGCUCAGAGUCAGCUGUGACUUUGUUUUUGUGGUAUUUGUUUGUCAAAUAUGUGAACUCACAGCUGAUAGGUGGAGGAAUGUAGUUGCUAAGGUGACGCUGUGGGUGCUGAUGUCACAGAUCUGAGGUGUGUCUGUAUAAAAACAGCUGACAAGGAAACACAGCUCAGUUUGUUCUCUGGAUGUUUAGUACAGAGGUCCGUACUUACUUUUAUUUAUUUAAUUUUUUUGUACCUGUUUUUGCUCUUUACAUUUUUAAAAUAUUUAUUAUUUCUUUUUUCCAUCAUGAUGAUCAGAAAAGACUUUGAGGAUUUCAGAGAUUCCUUCAGAUGAACAACCAGAAAAUCAUCACAGCUGAAUCUGGACAGAACGUCACUCUGACAUGUCGAGCUCCAAACAACAGCAGCAGCAUCUCAGUUGUAGAGUGGAGCAGAGCUGAUCUUGGAGAAGAAUAUGUGCUUUUGUACCGGGAUGGCCGAUUUGACACAGAUGAUCAGCACACAUCUUUUAAGAACCGGGUGGAUCUGCAGGACAGACAGAUGAAGGAUGGAGACGUGUCUUUGAUUCUGAAGGAUGUGACGACUAAUGAUGUUGGAUCAUACGAGUGUCGUGUCAAGACAGGAAAUAACCGCAGGAAAAGAGCUAAUCUCAGUGGUGAACCCAUCAGCAUCAUCUACCUGAGUGUUGAUCCUCCAGGUCAGACAGGAGGACACACAGAGGAUGGAUCUGUUGGACUGAUCGUUGGUCUGUCAGUUUGUGCUGUGCUUCUUGUUGCUGCUGUUGUUUUUUUGAUCUACAGAAACCAUAAACAGCAGAGCCGGGGUCCAUACCAGCCUCCAGUUGAACUGCAGCAGAAUUGAAAUGUCUCAAAGCUUCUUACAUAAGAAUGCUCUUCAAGGGCAGCCUGCAUCAUUAAUAGAAAAAAAAGCAGAAGUGAGUCUGACUGAAGAAAGUAAAACAAUAGAGUCCAAAUAGAAAACUAAAAGAGUUGCUUAAUUUCAAAUAGAUUCCACAGCAGAGACAAUGGUUAAAUAAGGAGCUAACAGUUCCUCAAGUAAAAGGGAAAAAAAAAACAGACAUUCAAGAGAAGGAAAAAGGUGGAGGAGCAGGAGCAGCACAUCUAUCAACUGAAAAUUGGAAACUGCAAUUGUCUAACAUAUAUAUAUACUCUCCAGCAUCUGUGGGAGAUUCCCAGGAAAUUCAAAUGAUCCAAGAAGGAUCAAGGACAUUUUUAAUCUGCAGGGUGAAAAGUUUAUGGAAUAAGAGAAAAGAUACUGAAUAAUGGAAUGUGUUGAAAAAAUGUUAUUGCCUACACUUUACUGUUAGCAUUUCAUGUUCUGUACAUCUAUUAUUAUGAAUUUACUGCUAACACUGAGCAAUUAUGGCUUCUGAUCUAUUGUAAUAUUGUAAAUUAUUGUUAUUAUUAUUAGUAGUAGUAUUCUGUUUUGAUGAUAUGUGGUUUCAAACACACAGGUUUUCAUCAUUUGAUUGUAUGUUUGAUCUGAGGCAGCUAAAUUAGAUUGUAGAGAAAAAUUAUAUGUCAGAUUUGUGUUUGUGAGGUUAGCAGCUCUCAUGAGUUUAACAUGUUCAUAUUUUCAAACAAAAGUUAGUAAAUCCUUCACAUUU